CUAGUUCGAAGGACGAUUUGGGCGGUAGUGUGAUGUGGAUAUGCACAGGUUAAAGUCCUCCCAGCGCGAAAAAGUGAGGCAGUUUAUUACCUUCACUGAAACGAAUGAAAAGACAGCAAUAAACUGCCUGAGCCAAAAUGAUUGGAGAUUAGAUGUAGCGUCAGAUCUGUAUUUCCAGAAUCCAGAGAAAUACUACAUCGACACGAAACCUUUGAUAGACAAGAAAAAGCUCACCCACCUGUUUGAUCGUUACAAAGAUCCUGGUGAUGAUGAUAAAAUCAUGGCUGAAGGGAUAGGGCGUUUCUGUGAAGAUCUCAAGUUAGAUCCAGCAAGCCUCAAGGUUCUUGUGAUAGCUUGGAAAUUUAAAGCAGCAACACAGUGCGAGUUUUCAAGGAAAGAAUUCACUGAUGGCAUGGUAGAACUGGGCUGUGAUUCCAUUGACAAACUCCGAAGUAAACUUCCAAGCCUGGAGGCAGACCUUAGAGAUAAUGGUAAAUUUAAAGAUUUAUACCAGUUCACAUUCAACUUCGCCAAAAAUCCAGGCCAGAAGAGUUUAGAUUUAGACAUGUCCAUAGCAUAUUGGAAUAUAAUUCUGAAUGGAAGAUUUAAAUUCCUUGAUAUCUGGUGUGAGUUUCUUUUGUUACAUCACAAAAAGGCGAUAUCUAAGGACACAUGGAACCUCUUGUUAGACUUCAGUAACAUGAUUGAGGAUGAUAUGGGCAACUAUGAUGAAGAGGGAGCUUGGCCAGUUUUAAUUGAUGAAUUUGUAGAGUAUGCAAAACCUAGAAUUACUGGAAAGCAGACAACUGUAUGAUAAGAUCUUAACUUGCAUAAGUAGUACUUCAUAAUGGGCUUCCUGUAAUCAUAUUUUUACAUGAAACUGGAAAAUUGUUCGUUUUUCAUGAAAGUUCCAGAGCUGACCACUUGAAAUGUAAGCUAAACUACAGAGGCAAAUACCUCCACUUUGGGACUCUCCUCAAGUUUCACUUGCUAGACAACUGUCAAGGCAGUGAUAUGUACUCAGGGUGUAUAUAAUGGUGACCAGACUAAUAUUUUCAUACCAAUUUUCUUGUUAUGAUAUUGUUAAGUAGUUGGAUGGCAUAUCUUCCUAUAUUAAACAAACCCUUUCUCUUUAUCCCAUAUUCUACAAACAAGAGGUAAAAA